UUCUAAUUAGGAAGUGGAAAAGUUUUAUUUUUGAGUUUUCUUGGUUGCAACAGCCGGACAUAGCGGUACAAUGGCAGCCUGCAAGGACGAGGGCCGCGAUCUUAUUCGCAUAACGCACUACAUCAAUCCACACAAUUUCUGGUUCAAGCAGGAGACGGCCUACCUGUUCAACGCCGAAGAUCAAAACUUUCAGAUGGAAGUAAACGAAUAUUGCGAAGUUACGUUUGGCCGGGGGAACGUCUCCAGCGGCAUAUACACGCCCCGACGAAAAGGUGAGCUGGUAGCCGUAUUUUAUAUUCAGUUGACCCGCUGGGUAAGGGCGGAAGUAGAUGACAUUAUGGAAGAGCUUAACGGUCAGGUGCACUGCAACCUGUGGAUAAUCGAUGAGGGUGUUCCGCUGAAAACCUGCUGUCGAUAUAUUAAACCCUUACCGGAGAAAUUCGCUGAAGUAAAAACUAACGUGAAGCAUGGUGGGUUGGAAAAAAUACUGCCGGCUGAAAGUGGUUAUGAUUAUUUGCAAGGAAAAACCGUGACGAAACUGACCCAGGACUGGUGUCCAGGAAUUGUGCGUGUAUUUGAAAGCUGCAUCGAGGAGGCGGUGUCAAUAAGUUUUUACAACGUUCGACGGCAUCAGGCUACUGGCAUAGAUAUGUUUUAUGGGACGAUGAAAAUUACAUCCCAUCAGAAUGUUACUAACGAUGCGCUCGACUUGCUGAAGAAAGCCGGUGGUGCAUUAGUAAUGAUAGUAGACGAAGCCAAAUUUUAUGACAAUCUUCCUCUUCUACGAACCGUGGACAUGCAACGAUUCGAAGACAACGAUCGUAACGAGAACAUGAAGUUUCAUACCAACACAUUCCGACCGGAGUUCUCUCCUCACAAGGCUUUACUUGCAUCGAAGAAAAUGCGCUCGCGAAACAACUAUAUGAUCGAACAAGCGCGCGAAAAGGUAUUCGAAUGGGACAAGCGCAACAUCGCAUCAUCUGUCGUGGUGACCGAUGUUGCUGAACCGUUUCAUGAUGGCCCGAAACAGCACAACCCGACAGACGAACCAUGCCAAAACAGCAAGGGAUCCAAUCGCCAUAAUUCCGAACUUCAGUACACUGAACUAGUCAACGAAUCUCUCUCGGAUGAUGAAGAGCCACCUAAGAUUGAGCUGGAAAUUUCCGCAGCAGUUAGGCCAAUCAAACUUGCACCAACAUCAGAAACUGAUGCUGCAAAGACAGCACGUCAAAUACCAGCGUAUCAGCGCCCACAAAACAGAUGCAACUAUGACAAAAACGUCACGGAUAUACUUCCUGUCUUGAACAAGAUCAAAUUGCGUCGUCAGCCAGUGGACCACAAUCGCGGUGGUCAUGACUUCGAGAGUGCCAACAAAUCCACCGUGGGAAGUUCUUCAGCUGUCAACUUCGUUCCGGCUGGUUACAAUCUCGGUAACGUAGACUUUGCUGCUGGAUCGGUAAUUCUCGGUUCAGAAAAAAUGAGCAAAUGUAGCGAAGGCAAAAGCCUGACGGAGCUCUUUAAUCGAGGUCCCCGGAAGAUGUCCCACAGUAAGUUGCAAAUGCGAAAAACUCGCAACGCACGUCACCGUCCCAACGAGGAAGACCUUGAUUCGUCGUUCGAGGAGGCAAUGGUUCGAAAGCUUACAAUUAACCUACCCAAAAUGAAGGACGAUACCGACGAUUUUUGGUGAUAAAAUCGCUCAGUAUAUUUUUUUCUUGUUAUCUCGUUAUAUCUCGCAUUGACUUAAAACUAUCGUACAUUUGGAAG